GAUUAAUUCUACAGGUGUAUAUUACCGGCCGUGGUGUUAUUUCCUCCCAGCAUCAAAACGACGGCCGGAGGCCUGUAUUGUUUACAGAUGUAUUUGGGUGCAAACCGACAAUCCAAGCGGGGCCUAAAUCGUAAUCCUCCCCUCUCUGGUUUUCCUUUCCGGAGACACGGCGCGAUUUGAAGAAGGAAUCAGUGCCGAUCCUGGGAGUGGGAUUUCUUCUCAAUCCGAGUCGAUCUCGAGGUCCGAGCAGUGGCCUGUAUAAAAUAGCUAGCGGGGGCGGUACGGAGAAGAGUCAACCAAGCCCAGCCUGUGAUUUGAUUCGAUUUGAAGAAGGAAUCCGCGAGCGAUGGGGAGGAAAUUGCCCGCUCUUGCUCCGGCCGGGGCGGCGGGAAGGAAGCGAAAAGGUGCCACCUUGACAACGCUCGCCGCGUGCAAGCGCCCUGCGCGGGCGCAAGUAAUCGGCGGCUGGGCGUCCCUGCCCACCGACAUAGUUGGCCUCAUCACCUGCCGGCUCCUGGCCGGCGACGGCGACGGCGACGGCGACGUGGUUGAUUACAUCGCCUUCCGCGCCGUCUGCUCCGGCUGGCGCGCCUGCACGCCCACGGCGCGCGACCCCACUCUGCGGGAUCCCCGCCUACGCCCGCGCGGCUGGGUCGAUCUCUGUGACGGCGACGCCGUCCGCCCAGACGAUGCCUGCGAGAUCGUCUUCUUCCAUACGCGCACGGCCAGGCGCCUCCACGUCCUCCUCCCGGAGCUCCGGGGACACAGGAUCGUUGGCUUCACCGACGGACUCCUCAUCCUCGUGCACAAGCGCACCACCGAGGUCCGCGUGCUGCAUCCCUUCACGCGCGUCGUGGUCGAUUUCCCGCCCCUCGCCCCCGUGUACCACGCGGCAGUCAGGCGGAUGAAGCUGCUCGACAUGAGCGCCGCGAUAUGCAGCAGCGCGUCCUCGGCGACCUCCAUUGCCGUGGUGGUCUGGUUCCUCUGCACAAGUGUGGUGCUCGGCGCCGACCCGGAUUCAGACUGGGAGGUUCUCCACCGAGGUCUUUAUGUUUGGAAUACCUUGUCCUUCCAAGGAAAGCUCUACGCCACCACCCUGUCUUCACACGAGAUCCUGCAGCUAUACCCUCCUCCCACUCCCAGACAGGAACCCCUCGAGAAUUCUGUGGUGGUUGCUCAUGCUCCAUAUUUUGCUGAUCGCCUGCAUAGCGAUUUUCUACUCGUGGAGUCUGGUGGAAGGAUGCUGCUCGUCGUCCGGCACCCAGCUCCUGGUACAAAGGAGAUGGACUGGUCGGGACGGGCAGUCUUCAGGCUCUAUGAAGUGCAUCUGAGCAGCCAGCGGUGUAAGCUUAUCCCGGUGAACACCUUAGGCGACCGCGCGCUGUUUCUCAGCGGUGACCGAUGCCUGUCUGUUUCGGCCAUGGGACCCCAUUGUGUUGCAUUCGCUGGGGACUGGUUUGUCCGAGCGCUUAGCCGAGUCCUGCAAAAUACAUGAUGGGAAGGACAGGAUACGCCCAUCUGUGCGCCCCUACACCAUUGCUGAUCAUCUCAUGACCUACUGCCAUACUCCUGAGUGGUCUAAAGGACUCAUGUUCCACGAGUACCAAUACAUACCUGAAUCUUUCAAGGAACUGAUUAAGAACAUCCGGGCACAAGAUGCGCAAGUGCGGAUUCCACGUAUUGGUUGAGCUCACAUUGCCCACUCAAUAAUGAAGGUUCUGGCAGCAUAUGGAGAAGAAGAGAGGGGGCAUGAACCUGAAGAUAUUUUGUUUACUAGGAUUGUUGAGAACUUGGUUAACGUAUGUAUCUGUCCAAAUAUAUGAUUAUUUAGGAAAAUGAAAACCCAUCCUCAGUCAUGUUGAUUGCGGGGUGUAUUUUCUCACCAAGUAUGUUUGGGUGUUGAACUGCAGUGAAACUUUCUGUGUAUUUUUGAACUUCAUGGCCCCGUUUUUUGAUACAUA